CGAUCAGUUCGGUUUGUAAAGGUGCUAUAGUCGUUCGUCCGCGCGUCUACUGGUUUCGCUCCUGGCCAUUUGGAACUACUGUGUCGGUGGUGAAAAAGCAUAGUGAAGUUGCAGAGUUGUGAAGUCGUUUUUUUCUGUAGUUACGCUGCUGUUGAUAACGGCGGAAGAGAACGGAUAUUGGGGUUGGAGCACAUACAAGUGUAUGGACAACACAUCAUCGGCAAGGAAGGAAGCUUCGAAGCUAAACAACACGUAAAUCAGCUGUGAGCAAUAACCGACACAAGGAUUACGGUGAAUUGCUAAUAUAAAAGGUUCAACCGCUGGCCCAGCAUGGAGGCCCAGACGGCACUGGUGCUAACGAUCCAACUGAUAGCGCUGUUUUCGAUCGCCGGCGCUCUACUACUCUACCUGCUGUGUAAGGUCCGUGCAACCCAGGACGAUGGCCACGGUCCGCAGAGGGGCUCGAUCUUAGUUACGUGCGCGGACACUGCACUCGGAUUACAGAUCUGCACCUUCUUCGCUAGCAAAGGCCACCGGGUGUUUGCCGGUAUGAAAGAUCCCGUGGAAUCCCUACCGGCCAAGCUGCUGAAGGGUUGGAUGAAGAUGCGUGAAAAUUCGGAAACUCCGGUCGCCGGCUCGGUCGUCCCACUGCGGAUCGACGUUACCCGGGAGGACAUUCUGCGGGAGGCGGCCGAAGCCAUGGGAAUCCACCUGAACGCUGGCGAACAGGGCAUUUUGGCCGUCAUCAACACCGCUGGAUCGGUGUACCGUGGUCGGAUCGAUUCGCAGGACUCGCUUCAGUGGGAGAACAUGUUCAAGAACAACGUGAUGGGCUGCUUAAGGACGGCUAGGGCAUUUAUCGGUCUGCUGCGCCCAACCCGUGGCCGAUUGAUACUGCUUGGUUCCGGCAACGAAGACGACGGAUUGACGGUAUUUACGGCGACGCGAAACGCUGUGCAGGGUUGUGCCGAUGCGCUACGCAAGGAACUGAGACCGUACGGUGUCAGUGUGGUAACUCUGGACUCGAGAGGAGUCCCGGCCGAGGCAUUAUUCAAGGCACCGAUACCAUACACCAUCUCCGACGAGGAAGGCGUACCGACCCAGUACAGCGCUGAAGUGUUGACCACCUCCGCCCUGGGAGUCAUCGAGCGGGCCCUGUACGAUACCCGACCCAGCGAAUCUUACUGCCUGUCGGUGCCGAAUACGAAAUUCCAAGUGAAGCUCCCCUGUCGAUCGUCGUUCAAGAUAACCGGAGGCAGCGGUGGUGGCAGCGGUUGCAAGCAGGAAUCCAAACAGAUACAGAACGUCUGAGCAGAUGAUUCCGCUCGGAACUUUCCCCCCAAUUUUGUGAGUUGCUCACGUUCUGUAUCGCUGCUUGUUGGUUGUCGCUUCUGAUGCCUGUCUCGUACACAAAAACAAAAAUUAUCGAAUGUGACGAAAAUUGGAGCCAGAGAUUUCAAAUUGUGCCUUUUUUAUAUAUUUUCCGUUGUUUCCAAAUCAUCAGAACCGCAGAACCUGGAACUUAUUUUUCAAGUGUUGGGUUUUGUGUAAAACGAAAUAAAAAAAAAUGAAAAAUAGAAGAAAAUGAGGAAUGCAACGAACGACUUCAACGCUCGUUUCUCGUCCAGUGUAGGCUCAUCGGAGGGCUGCGCAAAUGUCUGAAGGGACGGCUUCUUGUAAAGUUUUGUUUUAAGUCUUACUGAUUGUCUUUUUUAUGUAUAAAAAAAUGGUCGAAAAUAAAACGAAUAUGAUUUCUACUUUAA